GUCUCCUAGCCCGGGUUUCCACUAGACAGCCUAGUACCCAGGCAUAACCAAAAAAAACAGAAGAGACAUAAUUUAGCAGCAAGCACCGGUCAAAUUUGGAACAUAUUUUACGGAUAAGGUUUUAUUCUGGUUUGCUGCAACUCUUCUGGCACGAUGUCUAAGAAGAAGUCAAAAGACUCUAAUUCAAAGAAAAACCGUCCCAAUUCCUCCAAAGGUGAAUCAAAAGGCUCCUUGGCACGGAGAAUAUUUAAAAGGGGAUCAAAGUCGAAGCGUAAAUCUUCUGAAAGCAAAAAACACAAGCGAACCGUAUACGAUGACUUGUCUGGUGAAAACAAUUUUUCAGUUUUAGAUAACCAGGACCCCGAUGUUAUUGAAAAAUCAGAAACUGAACCCGAGUCAUCAAACGUAUCUUCGUCAACUGAAACAGCCGUUUCUUCUGAUGUUUCAUUUGCAGAACCGCGAGCUCAAACUCAUGGAAAAGUCGACCCUCUGGAUGUUUUGGAUAAACCCGAUUUGCCUGAUGAAGCUAUAAAACGAGGCGAACCAUCAAUUCUUCUGGGAGUUCCCAAAGUGAAAAAAAGAAAAUCGAUUGGAGAUGCAUCUGUGGAGGGAAACGCGGACUUCAUUAAGUUUGACUUUAGUACCGACGACGAAGAAGAGGACAAAGAAGACGAAACAUCCCGUCGAGAAGAAAAGAAGUCCGCAAUCCCUGCGUUCAUGCAAAAAAUGGGUCGGUUUUUCCGCGAUAAAGUGUCAAAUAGAAAACGCAAACGCAAUGCAAUGGACAUUGAACCCAUUUGCGCUUGGCACAAACCAUACCCUGAAGAGCCCGAGGUUGCUCGGCUGUUGCAUCAAGAUAUUUUGAAUUUCAUCAACUACCUUGAGCCGACGCCUCAAGAACAUGCUGUUCGAAAGUCAUUAAUCACUAAACUGGAUCGCGCCAUUCGUGCUAAAUGGCCCGAGGUUACGGUUUAUGUCUUUGGAAGUUUUGAAACUAGACUGUAUUUGCCUACCUCAGAUAUUGAUAUGGUUGUUAUGUCGUCUGAUACUGUACAUCGUGGAACCAAGAAACAUAUGUAUUCUCUUGCCCGUCAUUUGAAAAAUUGCAAACUUGCAACUGAGAUUCAAGUCAUCACUACCGCAAAUGUUCCUAUUAUCAAAUUUGUGGAUCCCUUUACGAGAAUACACGUUGACGUCUCGUUCAAUCAACCCGGUGGACUCAAAACUUGUCUUGUGGUGAACGGUUUCCUUAAGAAGUUCCCUGCUGUACGGCCAUUAACGAUGCUCGUCAAGCAUUUUCUGAAUAUGCGUGCUCUUAACGAGGUUUUUCUUGGCGGUCUGAGUAGUUAUGCAAUUGUUUGUCUUGUCGUCUCCUUUUUACAAAUGCAUCCUCGUCUCAGCACAAGCUCUGUACGCCAAGAAGAUAAUUUGGGUGUAUUGUUUCUUGAGUUUUUGGAACUUUAUGGAAAGAGAUAUAAUUACGAUGCAGUUGGUAUUGCUGUUCAUAACGGUGGUUUUUAUUUCUCCAAAAAGAAAAUGGGUUGGGUUAAACCGAGUCAACCAUAUUUGCUUUCGAUACAAGAUCCGGUUGACUACGACAAUGACAUAUCAAAGUCUAGUCGUGGUAUACUUCGUGUUAAGGCAACCUUGGGUAACAGUUUUGACCUGUUAACGAGCGAGCUGUAUUCUUUGGCUGCUCGUAUAGAGCGCGAAGGCUUACAUAUAUUGAAGGAUGAAAAAAGCUUAUUGAGCUGUAUUAUUGGUAUUGAUGAUAAUAUUACUAAGCAUCGUGAGCAUAUUCAGCAAUGCUAUGCCUGUGACCCGGUACCGCUUGAACCAUUAACGAGCAUCCAGAAUUUGACAAGCAUUGAUGUUGAUGCCGUUCAGCUUCCAGCAAUGGAACUUGAAUUUGUCGAGGGUGAGUCGGAAUCCGACGAUGUUGCAGAAGUUGCAGCUCCAUCAAAGAUUGCUAAUCGUAUGAUUCACUCAAUCGAAAACGAAAAAAAUGAAUCUGCUUAUUCAUCUCAAGAAUUCUUCAGCAUGAAUGAAGCCAGUUUUGAUGACGGUAAUUCUCCAGAGAAUGCCGUCCUUGUUGAUGAUGAGGAGGAGGAAGAGUCCCGGGCGUCUUCUUUAGGAAAGCGUCGGCGGACGGAUUAAACACAAAGACAAUAGGUUAUAUAAUAUGUUUGGGUUAUUUUUUUGAAUUCAUUUUCGGCGUUGAAACUAAUGCGGCUUCUUACAAAUUUUUGCCAAUGUCGUGUGCAUGGUUCACUUUUUUGCUGUGUAAUAUAGAUGAAAUACAUUCUUUUCUUUUUCUUAGAAGGUUGGGUUAUUCAUUUACUAAAAUUAUUACGAAAUUAUACACAGGUCUGUAUACAUAAAGCAGUUAGUCAUCAUGUUAGAAAGAACAUUAUAAAACAAGAGAACAACAGAAGCACGAGCGG